GGUGCGCUGCGCAUGCGCAGCGGGCGCAAAGGUUUCUGCAGGCCUCAGUGGAGGCAUGAAGACGGCCGCGGGGUCUGGGGAGGUCCACGUUGAUGGGCGGCCGAAGCUGGGACUGUGUGUCCUCUGCGGCUUGCCGGCGGCGGGAAAGUCGACCUUCGCGCGUGCUCUGGCCCUCCGGCUGCGGCAGGAGCGGGGCUGGGCCGUGGGCGUCCUCUCCUACGACGAUCUGCUGCCCCCCGCGCUCCCGGACCGCGCUGGCACACAGCUUCGGGUCAGCACCGAGUAGGUGGGGCGGGCAGCCAUCCCAAUGGAAAAUGUUUCGACAAGAACUGUUAAAGCACCUGGAAUGCUUUCUUGUGGCGGUCAUUAGUGGGGGUCAGAUGUCUGCCCCACCCAACAGGAGUGAAGCCGUGUGGGAAGAUUUUAUAACUUGCUUAAAGAACCAGUAUUUGAUCAUUUCUGCAGCUCAUGAGGCCCAGCCUUGCCACCUCUUGGCAAAAACUGCUGUUUCUAGACCUUUGUUUUUGGUAUUAGAUGACAACUUUUAUUACCAAAGUAUGAGAUAUGAAGUCUACCAACUGGCUCGGAAAUGCCAGAAGAGGGCACCAGAUCUAAUUGCAGGUGGUUGUGAGCCACCAUGUGGUUUCUGGGAAUUGAACUCAGGACCUCUGGAAGAGCAGCCAGUGCUCUUAACCACUGAGCCAUCUCCCCAGCCCAGCAUUAUUUUCUUAUACAUGGAAACAUCGAUUCGCAUAUGUCAAAUCACAGCUGCCUUUAAUUCACUAGGCUUUUGCCAGCUCUUUUUAGAUUGUCCCCUGGAAACGUGUUUGCUGAGGAAUGGCCAGAGACCCCAGCCACUGCCUAAUGAGACCAUCCACCUCAUGGAGAAAAAGAUAGAAAAGCCUGACCCUGAGAAAAAUGCCUGGGAACACAACAGCCUCACAAUUCAGAGUUCAGCAUGUUCUUUGGAGGCCAGCCUGGAGGUGACUGAUUUGUUACUUACUGCUUUGGAAAACCCCAUAAAAUGUGCUGAGGACAAUACGGAACAAAAGGAAACAGACAGACUUAUUUGUUCUACUAACAUCCUCCAUAAAGCUGAUGAGACAUUCCGAAGAACCAUCUCUCAGACAAUGAAGGAAGCCAAAGAUGAGCAAAUACCUCUUAAUAACUUGAAGCGUCUAGCAGAAGAACUUAACAAGCUCAAAGCAGAUUUUUUGGAAGACCUAAGACGAGGAAACAGAAAAUAUCUGUGCUUUCAGCACACCACCGACUUAUCAGAUGUUAUUUCUUCUUUUUGUGAUGAGAGAGAUACUGUUGUGCAGAAGUAUUUUUCAAAGCAACAUUAAACUUUCUGAAUUUCUAAUCAAA